AUGUCAAUACUUCAGCGGCUAGAUACACCAAGUACAUAUGUUGAUCGGUAUUCUAGACGCUCAAACAAAGAUCCGUCUUUAAACAAUUCAAGUACAUUGUAUGUAGGGAAUUUGUCCUUUUAUACUACAGAAGAACAGAUUUAUGAGCUUUUUUCCAAAUGUGGAGAAGUAAAAAGAAUUAUUAUGGGGCUUGACCGCUUUAGUAAAACAUACUGUGGAUUUUGUUUUGUUGAAUAUUAUUCCCACGAGCAUGCAUUGGACUGUAUGAAGUUUAUUAAUGGGACAAAACUUGAUGAUCGUGUGAUUCGAACAGAUAUUGAUCCAGGAUUUACUGAGGGUAGACAAUAUGGUCGUGGUAGAAGUGGUGGCCAAGUAAGAGAUGAAUACAGAACAGAGUAUGAUCCUGGACGUGGUGGAUGGGGGCAUCGGCGUGCAGAAGAAGAGCGGCAAAGAAAUUCUCAAAAGCAAGAUUCUCAGAGUUCAAGUACACUUUCUGAAUCUUUACAACAAAAUAAAACAGAUUCAUUAGAAAAUUCAUAA